AUAAUGUUUCCACUUCUAACUGAGCUUCUUUUGACACUAAAAAAAGUGCAAAGGAAUGAAAAAAAAGGACAUUCAUCCAAAUUAGAAAUGAAGAAAAUCAUCAAACUAUUCCUUUCAAACACACACGUGCACACAGCUGAGUAUCAUGUGACGAAGGUGGUGGUACGUGAUGAAGAGUGAAACACCUGGGACAGGAGAAGCGGAUGUCGCCAUGGAAACCAGCAUCAUGGCGACCAACAGGAAGAGGCGGCACUUUGAGGUUCUGGGUUCCAUCCUGGUCCCAGUCUGGGUCUUGACUCCCUCUGGGAUCACAGGGUCCACGUUUGGAUCCUGGUCUAGGAGGACCUGCGGCACAAAGGUGCACAAGGUGCUCUGGCUUACAUCUGGUUCUGGUUCUGAUGGGCUUACAUGUUCCUUUUACACUCGAUUAGCUCUCAGGACCUCUGACCCAACGUAAGAAAUAGCUUUUCAUGACGUCCCCAGCGAACCAUUCAUCUGUCGGAACCUUUCCAUGAACGGAUCAGUGCUUCACGUACCGGCCUACCUCACGUCGACUCUUCAGACAUGGCGGCCCACAUUCCUGCCUCGGCGACACCGAUUCUCUGUCUCGGCUCCGGUUCCGAUCAGCUUCCAUUCGGCAGGACGUCACCUGCCGCCGCCUAUGUUCGGUACUGAAAGAUCAAGACGACGCCUUCAACGACACAUUUUAUUGAACAGAACCGAGCUGAGUUUGGACCUACCUGCCAUUGUGGCGAUGCGGUUCGGGGCGUCACGCCUCUCCUGCAGCGAGGAGGAGGAGGGGCGGGAGGGGGGAUGAAGGUUGUUCUGUCCGCAGUCUUCCUCACCCCUCCCUCCGCAUUGGUUCUGCUCCGUUUCACCGGACGAUCCAAAUCCACAUCCACCCGAACAGUUCACUCCGAACCACAGCGGAGAGCAGGAGGUGCGUUCAAGGACUCGUCAUUUAUGCGGGACAAAGCCACAUCCUUGCUGUUCAUGCCAUUGCACUGCACGCGCCGCUAAAUGAUGAUGAUGAUGAUGAUGAUGAUGAUGUUCUUCAUCAUCAUCAUCAUUGAAAGCGACAACGGAGAAGAGGUGGUUUCCAUGGUAACGGCAUGAAUGAGGGCCAGGUGUGCGACACCAGCAGGUGUUCCUGAUCCAACAUAAGCCACCAGACUAGGCUUCCGCUCUGUCGGACCUUCAGCAUGUGGCCGCCGCUCGUGUGGGUUCUGUUCGUUUGUUGGACGGAACUUUGUGAGCCGAGCUCGUCCACAAAUGAAAGUUUGGGAAGUUUCUCAGGAGGCUUUGCGCUGGCAGGAGUCCGCUCCUUCGUGCAGGACCAAGACCUGAAGACUCGCAUCAUUGGCGGCCAGGAGACGUGGGCGCACUCGUGGCCGUGGCAGGUGUCCCUCCGCUUCACCACCAUGCCGGCGUGCGGCGGCGCCGUCAUCUCGCCGCUGUGGGUCAUAUCGGCGGCCCACUGCUUCAGAAGGUACAACAAAGUUUCCUUCUGGACAGUUUUGGCAGGAAAACAUGACCUGGACAACCCCAACGAGGACGGCCAACAGGUGGUGGGUGUGUCGGCGAUCGUCAUGCAUCAUCGCUACAACGCCCGCACCAAAGCGUACGACAUAGCGCUUCUCAGGCUCGAGAGCCCGCUGACCUUUGACCGGUUUGUGCGGCCCAUCGACGUGUGGAUGGCGCCGUUGCCCACCUUGGAGAAGUGCACCAUCACUGGCUGGGGGGCCACACGUGAGAAUGGGCCACGUGUGACCCGGCUACAGGAGGUCAACGUGACCCUGCUUCCCUCGGACAUCUGCAGGCGCUACUACAAGGGGCGGAUCAGAGCGUCCAUGUUCUGUGCCGGAAAGGAAGGGGGUGGAGUCGACGCCUGCCAGGGUGACUCUGGAGGUCCGCUGUCGUGUUUUGGCGGGAAGAACUUCAAGCUGGCGGCAGUGGUGAGCUGGGGCGUCGGCUGUGGGCGGGCUCGAAAGCCUGGCGUGUACACCCGAAUCCAAGAACACGCCCAGUGGCUGUCCGACGUCAUCGAGAACCAGGACGUGGUGUACACGGACCAGCAGGCUCAAGAGGACAGGUGCGGGAAGCAGCAUCGGUCUGGCUGUCGGAACCUUCUGGACCUGGCUGGGCUCUCCGUGUCAGAGGACGGCGUGGUAUCCAUGGAGAACGUGACCGAGUCGUGUUCCGGAUCGUGGCCCUGGCAGGUCAGCCUGCAGUCCAACGGGAUCCAUUACUGCAGCGGUGUGCUGAUCCACCGCCGUUGGGUGCUCACCGCGCACCACUGCGGAGUCAGAGCGAGAGAAGACAUGGCGGUCUUGGGAGGUCACGACCUGCGCUUCUCUCUGUCCCAAAGCGUCCCAGUGGACGAGGUCUUCAACCCGCCUCAGGAUGACAGCUUCCCGCCCAAAGCCGACCUGGCGCUGCUGCGCCUUGUCGUUCCCACUAGACUGGGCGCCAGCGUGUCUCCUCUUUGCGUCCCAGAUGAGGACGAGGAGUUGGACGACGACUGGUCUUGCAUUAGCGCCGGCUGGGGGUCGGCGAUCGCCACAGGCGUGAAUCCAGACCGGCUGCACCACACUCGACUGGUUCUGGUCAACCAAACCGAGUGCAGGGACAAGUGGGGGCGUGGCCUUGUCAGCGACGCCCACGUGUGCACGCAUCCGGCUGGCAGCGCCGCCUGCACGGGUGAUUCCGGAGCGCCGCUGUUCUGUCGGAAGCGCGGCGCCUACUUCCUGUUCGGCGUGCUCACGUGGGGGAGUCGACGCUGUGACCCAAACAAGCCAGCCAUCUUUUCCAAAGUGUCCGACUACCACGCGUGGAUCAGUGAUCUGACUGAAGAUGUGUGAAGAAAUAAAGUUCCUUUCAAAGUUGUUGGAUGAUUUGCUCAAAGGGGGUGGAGCCUCGAGGUUACAGGCUGGCCCAACAGCCAAUCAAAGGACCUGAUGCGUUUAUGUGAACCACUGCACCAUCUAAUAUGUAGGGGGUGCUGUUGAGCUGAAGGUCAAAUAAAGCACCAAUAAAAGUUUAAAUAAAAACAAAAUCACACCAUUUUUUUUUUUCUUUCACCAAAUUUAGUUUGAACUUUUUCAACAUUUCAGCUUCUUCACACCUCAGCUGACCUGCGGGAGGUCUU